UGUUUCCUAUCUCAUCUUCUUGGUCCAAUUUGAUAACCAAAAGAGUCCAAGACGCCGGCCAUCUUCGAGGUAUUUCAAUUCCUGCCUUUUUUCUGGUGGGGAAAUCAGAAACCAUCUCUAAAAUCAGUGUCCACGGUUGAAUUGAGGAAAGGAGAGAACUUUGCGAUCAGAGAGUUUCGUCAGUGCCAUUGUCUUGAUUUCUUACUUUCUCCGACGAGGGUUUGAUUUCACAGGAUUCUUUUGUUGCCUUGUCUUUGAAGGUGUUCACAGAUAGAUAGAGUAAUUGUUGCUGUUGUGGGUUUUGUGAUAUAGUUAAGGGUUUGAGUCUUGAAGAGUUAUCAAUCAAUUCUCAUGGGAAUUUGCUUAACUAAGAAACAUAAGCAUGAUGAUGAUGACAAUGGCAUCGAGUUCACUGGUGGAAAUGUGCACCUUAUUACGACCAAAGAGGGUUGGGAUGAAAAGCUUGCUGAGGCAAGCAAGGAUGGAAAGAUUGUGGUUGCAAAUUUUAGCGCCUCUUGGUGUGGACCUUGUAGAGUGAUUGCACCCUUCUACUCUGAGCUGUCCGAGAAGUAUCUAAGACUUCUGUUUCUGACAGUUGAUGUUGAUGAACUAACGGAUUUCAGUACUUCAUGGGAUAUUAAAGCGACUCCCACAUUCUUUUUCCUUAGGGAUGGCCAACAAGUAGACAAGCUUGUCGGAGCCAACAAGCCAGAGCUACAGAAAAAGAUAACUGCUAUUUCAGAUUCAACUACAGCAACCUAAGGGGAGGUAAAGGAAAGUCCCUUUCUCUUUUUUGUUUUUUCUUUUUCGGAUGGGGUGGGAUGAGGAGGUAGUGGUGAUAAUAUUGUGAUUUGCUUCAUUCUGAUGUGAGUAAAGUAAGUAUUGAUUGACAUGAGUAUUGCCUUUGAUUGUAAAUUGUGUUCAUUAGUGUAUGUUGCCUUUAUAGAUUGCUGGCCAUGAUGAAUAUGCUUACUCUUUGAAGUUGUCAUAAUUAUGGAAAUGUUAUAGUUUC